AUGGCUUCCAACCCAGAGCCCGUCUCGGUGCUGUUCGUAUGCCUCGGUAACAUCUGCCGCUCCACGAUGGCAGAGGGCAUCUUCCGAGCCAUAGUCUCCCAGCCACCGUACCGGUCCCUGAUCUCCGUCGUCGAUAGUUGUGGCACGGGCGCGUAUCACGUCGGCAGCAGCCCGGACUCGAGGACGUUAUCCACGCUGGCGGAUAAUGGGAUCACGGACUAUAGGCAUGCUGCGCGGAAGGCAAGUCCUUUUUACUAUUUCUCGAUGUCCAGCAGUCUGCCGAUCGACGUCUCGGACUUCUCCACAUUCGACUUCAUCUUCGCCAUGGACCGGGACAACCUGCGCGAUCUCCAGCGCCUGCAGCAGCGGAGCGGCGGCAAGGCCAAGGCCAAGGUCAUGCUCUUCGGGGAGUACGCGGGCCGGAAGGGAGCGAAGGAGAAGGUGGAGGAGGUGGACGAUCCGUAUUACGGGGGCAGGGACGGCUUUGAGGCUGCUUAUGAGCAGUGCACGCGGUUCUCGACAAACUUUUUGAAGGAUGUUUUUCCGGAUGUUGAGGCUUGA